AUGUUUCGUACUUGUGUCGUAAAAAUACAAUGGAGCAAAGAUCAAAUAUUAAAUUCUGUGUUAAACUUGGAAAAAACAUUUAGUGAGACGUACGAAUUGAUGCAAAAAGUUUAUGGUGGGGAUUGUUUAGCUCGUUCAAAUGUAUAUAAUUGGUUUAAACGAUUUAAAAAUGGUCGUGAAGAUUUGGAUGAUGAUAAAAGACCUGGUCGUCCAGAAGCAAGUAAUCGUGCUGAAUUGGUGGAAAAAGUCCGCGAAAUCAUUGCUGUUGACGAAAAUUUCACUGCAAGAGUGUUGGCUGAAGAAUUAAAUUCAUCUACUGGUACUAUUUGGAAAAUUUUAACUGACGAUUUGGGUAAAAGAAAGGUUUGUGCACGCUUUGUUCCACAGCAAUUAAAUGAAGAUCAAAAAAUCGUUCGUGUAGAGCAUUGUAAAUACACCAUUUCAACAGCUGAAAACGAUCCAGGUUUUCUUGAUUCGAUCAUAACUGGUGACGAAACAUGGUGCUUCGAAUAUGACCCUGAAACUAAGCGUCAAUCUGCAGAAUGGAAGACGAAAGGGGAGCCAAAAGCAAAGAAAUUGCGUUUUCAGAAGUCAAGAAUCAAAACAAUGUUGAUCACGCUCUACGAUUCCAAAUGUAUUGUACACAAGGAAUUUGUUGCAGAAGGUCAAACUAUUAAUGGACAAUACUAUUUACAAGUUUUACAUCGUUUGUGGUCAAGAAUUGUUCGUGUAAGACCUGAAUAG